UGUAAGAUAACACUGCGCUUCACUGAGGAUAUUUACAUCCAGCGGUACAGGUUACUCUAACGCGCAAAGUUUUGGCAAGGUACCCGGAAGUACCCAGAUUAAAUUAUGUUAAAGAGAAAUUAGAGGCAUCAAACAUGUCCGGUAGUGUUCGAUACUGUGCCAAGUGCUCGUACCUCUUUCUGAAGUUUAUUUUAGUCAUCUAUGCUACAAUUUUUUGGCUGAUAGGUGGUUUCAUCUUGGCCAUUGGCAUUUAUGCUGAAGUGGAGAGACAACGCUACAAAACUCUCGAGGGGAUCUUCCUUGCUCCAGCCAUCAUCCUCAUCGUGCUGGGGAUUGUCAUGUUUAUUGUCUCCUUCAUCGGUGUGUUGGCAUCACUGCGAGACAACUUGACUCUCCUCAAAGUGUUCCUCUACAUGUUGGCAGUCUGUCUGAUUUUGGAGCUCCUGGGUGGAAUUGUGGCUCUUCUUUUCAGGAAUCGAACAGUGGAGCUUCUUAACAAAAACGUGCGUAAAGGCAUGGUGAAUUACUACGACGAUCUAGACUUCAAAAAUAUCAUGGACUUUGUUCAAAGGAAGUUCAAAUGCUGUGGUGGGAUGGAGUACAAAGAUUGGGCGGUGAACAUGUACCACAACUGCUCAGCCCCAGGACCUCUGGCCUGCGGAGUGCCUUAUACAUGCUGCAUUACCAAGCCAAAUGAAGUUACAAAUACGUUGUGUGGGUACAAAGCCUUAGAAAAAGAGAGGUUAGAACUUGCUGACAGCAUCCAUGUGCGAGGAUGCACUGAUGCCGUCUUUCUCUGGUUAAUGGAUAACUACAAGAUCAUGGCGGGACUCCUACUUGGUAUUUUACUUCCUCAGUUCUUUGGUGUGAUUGUGACCUGGCUGUACAUCACUCGUGUGGAGGACGCUAUCCAGGAGUACGGAAACUAUCAGGACGACCUCAUAAACAGAGAAGCCAGGAAACAGGGCAAGCUGGCUAAGAGCUGUAGCUGCAUGCCUCUGUUUGACUAGGUGAACUUUGACCUUGGAGGCACUCUAACAAACGAGCAUCAGCCUAAAAUAAGUGAUCUUAUUCGCCAUGAACUACAUGUUUUACCUCCUCAUUAAAGCGUGCUUUUACAGGGCUGUAUUGCUGCUGAUUUUAGACAAUCCUCAGGGUUCUUCAGGCCACCAGUAGGAUUCUUAUUUUACUGUAGGUGUAGACAGCAGUUAAUGCUUGAAUAUACAGGGUUAGUCAAAAUUAUGUGAACACUUAAAUGGUAGAAACCGUUUAUUCACAAAACGUACGUCAUAUGUGCCAGAUGAUUUACAGGAUGGUCUCAACCUGUUCGCCAUCGUGUUCAACACACAAAAACCAGCGAGCAACAGUACCAUUUAAAGUCCAGACACACGUUUCGCGGGGAAAUGUCACCCAUGGCGUACAUCUACCUGCAGGAGAAAAAUAAUCCAUUAGUGUUAACAUAAUUUUGACUAACCCUGUACUUUGGAUGCCUCGAUGUUAAAUGCAAAGCUGAAAAAUCUAUUUUAAACGUCACAAUGUGUCACUAAUGUGUUGUGAAUUUUGUCAUCAUCGCACUAGACAAAUAAAACUAUAUCCGGUUUUAAAUAGAUGAUUGAUUAGAAUAAUUUUAUUACUGCUAGGUUUUUUUUUAAAAACUGAACCACUGUGCGUUGUACAACACUGUUUUCAGCACAAAUUGUGCCUUUUUAUAUUAAGGGAUGUAAAGGUUUAAAAGAUUGCUCCUCAGAAGAUAGUUUUUCAAAUAAGAUUUAGUACUGUAAGGCGUGUAUCUUGCUUUUAACCAUUUUUUGUAAGCAUUCAGGAAAAAACCCUAUCCCUUAAUUCACUGCAUUAGAUUUGUCAGUAUGGGAAAACCCACUGGGUGUUCCUGUAGCUGAAUUCUGGAAAACGAUGCACAGCUCAUCAGGAGUGAGUUUAACAAAAAAAAAAGCAUUUAUUUAAAAAAAAAAAGCUCAGUAUGGGUAAAGAUGGCUAGGUUCGCAUUACCAGGUUGACACGCAUCCGAUUUUCUGCCUUAAUGCGUGAACACAAACAUCUGAUCUUUUCAAACCAGACCUGAGCCACUUUUGUAUGCAGUCCUAAGUUAGAUACAUGUCUGAUAUUUGGCCAUACCACAUGAAUGGGAACGGUCAGAUCGGACGUGUACUCUAUGCACACAUCGCUAUCGCUAUUGUCAUUAUACAGUGUCGGCUGAACAGCAAUAGAUGAUCGCAACACCAGUGAUGUAUAUUCAGUGGAAGGAUCAGGAAACUAGAUUUACUUGAUAUUUAUGGAAUUGAAUCAAUUGCUUCAGACACAGAGUAGUGUUUGAAACAAUUGCCCAAGAAUUAAAGCACAGCCAGAAAUAAAUAUGGCUAUAAUGCAAAAGAAAUCCUCUCCCAUUUAAAUACUCUUCACGCUUAACGCUAUCUCCUCUCCCAUACACACAUCUGUUGCUGCAGCGGUGCCAGCCAUAGCUGCAAAAAUUCUCUCCGCUAGGUUUUGUACAGUCGACAAGCAGUUUGUAGACUUCCAGAGCAAAUUGCAAUGCAUGCUACUGGCAUUUUUUUCCCUCCCUCUACUUUAAUGGAUCAUCUCACAUCAUCUACCUUUUUGUGAAUGCGAAUCAUGCAGUCACGCUGACAUUGAUGUGUGCAUGUGGGGGUUUUCAGGACAUGAGUGCAUUCACAUUUAAAGACUGCUGUAAGUCACUUGUAGUUACAAACGUCUCCCCAUCUCAUUAUCUCUAGCCGCUUUAUCCUUCUACAGGGUCGCAGGCAAGCUGGAGCCUAUCCCAGCUGACUACGGGCAAAAGGCGGGGUACACCCUGGACAAGUCGCCAGGUCAUCACAGGGCUGACACGUAGACACAGACAACCAUUCACAUUCACACCUACGGUCAAUUUAGAGUCACCAGUUAACCUAACCUGCAUGUCUUUGGACUGUGGGGGAAACCGGAGCACCCGGAGGAAACCCACGCGGACACGGGGAGAACAUGCAAACUCCACACAGAAAGGCCCUCGCCGGCCACGGGGCUCGAACCCGGACCUUCUUGCUGUGAGGCGACAGCGCUAACCACUACACCACCGUGCCGCCUAGUUACAAACGUGAAUGGGCAAAUCUGAGCAAAAAUCAGAGUUGUGUAAUGAAGCUGGUAAUGUGAAUGAAGUCUUCGUGUGAUUUCCUCACAGUCAUCAUCGGGCUUUAAUCAAGUAGUUGGAAAGUUAUUUGCCAUAGAAAAUGUGCCUUAAUCUAAUUAGUUCACUUUGUAAUCAGAUAAUGUCCAUCAGCUUGUCCACCACACUUCAGGAAUUUUCAAGGUCUUCACUUUUGGAGGUAAACAGAUUUGUAAAAUGUUAGAACUAGACUUGGGAUUGAGAUGCAUGCCAAAGAGAAACAUUUCCAUUUCGUGGAGAUUUCAGACUGAUUCCACAGUGGGAAAGGUUUUCCAGACCGUCAUACAUAGUGGUGCUUGAAAGUUUGUGAACCCUUUAGAAUUGUCUAUAUUUCUGCAUAAAUA